UGUGCUGGUUCCGACCCGGCGGCUCCGGUGCCCCGCUAUGCAGAGGCCAGGUCCGGGCACCUCGUCUCUCUGAGCCGGUCUCAGCGCGGAAGGCCCAGAGCGAGGCCAUGGCGGAGUCCUCCGAGCCCGGGCGGCGGGCGUCCGCGGGCGGCGGGAGCCUGGAGGAGGAGGACGACGAGGAGCGGGAGCCGCUGCUGCCGCGGAUCGCCUGGGCCCAGCCGCGGAAGGCCGCGCCGGGGAGCGCCGUGAGGCUGCUGGAGACUGCUCAGGAGGAGGACGCGGCCUCCCCGGGCGAGGCCGGCGACAAGGAACUGCUGCUCCGGCCCAGGGACGCGCCCCGCUGUCCCUCCGGGGACGGCAGGGCCCCCCGGAGCCGCCCCGUGGGUUCAGAGUUGAAUACAUUCUUGGACGAUCCAGAAUUUGCUGAUGUUAUAUUGAAAGCAGAGCAAGCAAUAGAAUUUGGAGUUUUUCCAGAAAGAAUCUCUCAAGGUUCAAGUGGAAGUUACUUUGUGAAGGAUCCUAAGAGGAAAAUUAUUGGUGUGUUUAAACCCAAAUCAGAAGAGCCUUAUGGUCAACUGAACCCAAAAUGGACCAAGUAUGUUCAUAAGGUCUGCUGCCCUUGCUGCUUUGGCAGAGGCUGCCUGCUUCCUAAUCAGGGAUACCUUUCUGAAGCUGGUGCCUCCCUUGUGGACAGAAAGCUUCAUCUGGGCAUUGUACCUAAAACAAGGGUGGUUUGGCUUGUCAGUGAGACAUUUAACUACAGUACUAUUGACCGUGCAAAAUCUAGAGGCAAAAAAUAUGCUUUAGAGAAAGUGCCAAAAGUAGGUAGAAAAUUUCAUCGGAUAGGACUCCCUCCUAAGAUUGGUUCCUUUCAGUUAUUUGUUGAAGGUUACAAGGAGGCUGAAUAUUGGCUUAGGAAAUUUGAAGCUGACCCUUUGCCUGAGAAUAUUAGAAAACAAUUUCAGUCACAGUUUGAAAGAUUAGUUGUUUUGGAUUACAUCAUCAGAAAUACAGACAGGGGAAAUGAUAAUUGGUUAAUCAGAUGUGAAAAGCAGAAAAAUGGAAAGGAAAUUAAGGAAACAGAGUGGAUUGAUGAUAAAGAACCACUUAUUAAAAUAGCUGCAAUUGAUAAUGGUCUAGCGUUUCCUUUUAAGCAUCCUGAUGAGUGGAGAGCAUAUCCAUUUCACUGGGCUUGGCUUCCUCAAGCAAAAGUUCCUUUUUCUGAAGAAAUAAGAAACUUGAUUCUACCAUAUAUUUCUGACAUGAACUUCGUGCAAGAUUUGUGUGAAGAUCUUUAUGAACUUUUUAAGACUGACAAAGGAUUUGACAAAGCCACUUUUGAAAGUCAAAUGUCUGUGAUGAGGGGUCAGAUCUUAAAUCUGACUCAGGCAUUGAGAGAUGGGAAGAGCCCUGUCCAGCUGGUACAGAUGCCUUGCGUGAUUGUGGAGCGCAGUCAAGGUGGAAAUCAGGGUCGGAUUGUUCACCUCAGCAAUUUCUUCACCCAGACUGUCCAUUGCAGGAAGCCAUUUUUUUCCUCCUGGUAGCAGAUGUAAGAGUAAGAGAAACAGACUCUUUGGUGUUAUCGUGUUGUUAAAAUGUUGCAGUAAUGUGAGUCUGCUGUUAGGAACUCCAGUUGCCAAAACCUCAAAUAAUAUAAGUCUUUAAAAGGUUAUCUUUUGAAUGUAAUCAAAAGUUUACAGUUUUUUUGUCCAAAUAUUAAAUUUCUAUUUCAGGGAAGAAGUGAUAUAUCUCCUAUAUUGUAUUUUUGUAGAAAAAUUGUAUUUUAUGUUGUUAGUUUAAAAGGUAAUUUCAUGGUUUAUACAUUCUGAUGUGACUGUAAUUACUUUAGAAUUCUUAAUAGAAAAAUAAGAUAUUUGUUGACUUUGAAUACAAUAACUUUUUAUAUGCUUUUUAAACAUUGAGAAGAAUGUUCAUGUUAACUCUUCUUACAUUAUAAAAGUCCUUUGAGGGUGAAACUGCUCUUACGAACUCUAAGAGUAGUUAAUAGAAAAACAGGUAAGAAUAAAGCAAUGUUGCCUUAAUUUAAAAAGCUGCUAUUUUAGAACUUGAAUAAGUGCCCCUAAAGUGACCAUUGUUAGGGACCAGAAAACUAUAUCUUGAUUAAGUAACAGAUGACUGUUUUCUUGUUUGUACUUCAGGAUAUUUUUGGUCAAUUAUUUUGUUAUAGUGAGGAAAAAAAAGACUAAAGACAGCCUUUUUUUAAAAAAUGGAAACAUUCAACUGAGACUUGAGGGGAAUAACAUGAAAUUAAGGAGAUCCCUAAUCUUUUGAAAUUCCAUAAUAGCAUUAAAAAUUCCCUUUUGUUUCUUGCAUUGAUCAAUUACUUAUGAUUAGUACUUCAGAGAACUAAUCUUGUUGAAUUUACUACUUCAGUUAGAAUUAAAUUUCACAAAGUAAACCAUACCCCCAAGUGUAUUUUGGAUUGCAUUUUGGGGUUGUAGGACAUAAGCUCUAAAAAAUAAUAGUAGUAUUGUAGGUUACUUGAAAUUAUUGAUGUUAUUAUAAUUACAUUCAACUUUAGAAUAUCAGCCCUAAUUAAAGGGGAACAUGACAGAGA